AUGGAUAAGUCAUGGAUGCACUCGGAUAGAAGAUCGAAGGCAUAUGAGUUAGGGGUGGAAGCAUUUUUGAACUUUUCUGUAGAAAAUCUUCUAACUACCACACAUAUCCGUUGUCCAUGUGUUAAAUGUGUUAAUUUGAAAUUGUUUGGGGUUGGAAUUAUAAGGGAUCACUUAUACUUUAAUGGAGUUGACCAAAGCUAUAAGAAUUGGACAUUUCACGGAGAACCUUGGGAAGCAGCUACUAAUGCUAGUAGAAAUGUUGAAGAAGAUGAUGACCAUAGUAGGUACAGUUUUGUGUCUGAAGAAAUAGAGAUGGAUGAUAAUGAUUUUGGUGAUUUUGGAUCUGAUCCUUAUGAGUUUGCCAAUGUGAUUGGGGAUGGAGAUCAACCAUUGUACCCUGGUUGUAGAAAGUACACGAAGUUAUCGGCAUUAGUGAAGUUGUAUAAUUUGAAGGCAAAAUAUGGGAUGAGUGAUGUCUGUUUUACAGAAUUAUUGAUACUUCAAGGCGAUUUGCUUCCAGAAGGAAAUACAAUACCGGCCUCUAUGUAUGAGGCAAAAAAGACUUUGUGUGCAUUGGGGCUGAGUUAUGAGAAAAUGCACGCAUGCCCCAAUGAUUGCAUCUUGUAUAGGAAGGAGUAUGAGGAUUUAACUCAUUGUCCUAAUUGUGGUAUCUCAAGGUGGAAGGAAGGCAAAGAUUCAAUCUUGAAAGAGGGUGUGCCAGCGAAGGUGGUGUGGUAUUUUCCUCCAAUUCCAAGGUUUAAAAGGAUGUUUCGAUCACAUGAGACCGCUAAGAGUUUGACUUGGCAUGCUGCUAGAAAAUCAAUUGACGGUUAUAUGUCUCAUCCAGCGGAUUCCCCGUCUUGGAAACUUCUUGAUGAUAAAUGGCCCGAGUUUGGUAAUGAGCCGAGAAACUUGAGAUUGGCUCUUUCAUCUGAUGGAUUCAAUCCCCACAGUUCUCUAAGUAGCAGAUAUAGUUGCUGGCCAGUUAUCUUAGUUACAUAUAAUCUCCCUCCAUGGCUGUGCAUGAAACGAAAGUUCAUGAUGUUGACCUUAUUGAUUUCCGGUCCUAAACAGCCCGGAAAUGAUAUAGACGUCUACUUGGAGCCUUUGAUUGAUGAUUUAAAAUCUUUGUGGGAUGGGAUUGGAGGAGUGUAUGAUGCACAUAAUGGAGAAUACUUUACACUCAGAGCUGCAUUAAUGUGGACAAUUAAUGAUUUCCCCGCCUAUGGAAACUUAUCUGGUUGUGUUGUUAAAGGAUAUAAAGCUUGUCCAAUAUGCGGCGAUGAUACACCUAGUCACAGGUUGAAAAAUGGCCACAAAAUUUGUUACAUUGGGCAUAGAAAAUGGUUACCGAUCAAUCAUCCAUAUAGGAGGCAACGUGCAGCUUUUAAUGGGAAACCUGAAUAUGGCACGCCUCCUGAGCCAUUAACCGGAGAAGAAGUGCUGCAUAUGGUUGAAGAUGGUGACAGAGUUUGUUGGAAGAAGAAAUCAAUAUUCUUUGAUCUCGAGUAUUGGAAAUACCUUCCUGUGAGGCAUGUCCUAGAUGUUAUGCACAUUGAGAAGAACGUUUGCGAUAGUAUCAUUGGUACAUUGCUGGAGAUCCCUGGAAAAAAUAAAGAUGGGAUUGCUGCUCGAUUAGAUUUAUUGAACAUGGGGGUCAAAACUGAUUUGCAACCCGAGUAUGGAGAAAGACGUACUCGUUUGCCUCCCGGGCCUUGGAAUUUGUCAAGAGCAGAGAAGAGAGAGGUUUGCAAUUCUUUCUAUGGUAUGAAGGUCCCUGAAGGUUAUUCUUCAAAUAUAAAAAAUCUUGUAUCUUUACAAGAUUCAAGACUUCUUGGCCUUAAAUCACAUGAUUGUCAUACCUUAAUGCAACAAUUGCUCCCUGUGGCAAUUCGUUCUGUUUUGGAGAAGCCUGCAAGGUAUGCAAUAACUCGUUUGUGCUUCUUCUUCAAUGCUAUAUGUGCAAAGACUGUUGAUGUUUCCAAGCUAGAUAAGUUGGAAGAAGAUGUAGUAGUUACUUUGUGUUUGCUUGAGAAGUACUUUCCCCCUUCAUUCUUUGAUAUCAUGGUUCAUCUAGUAGUACAUCUUGUCAGAGAAGUUCGUCUGUGUGGGCCAGUAUAUUUUAGAUGGAUGUAUCCGUUUGAAAGAUAUAUGAAAGUGCUAAAGGGGUAUGUUCAGAAUCGUACUCGUCCCGAAGGUUGCAUUGCUGAGCGGUAUAUAGCUGAAGAAGCUGUAGAGUUUUGUACCGAGCAUUUAUCUGAUGUUAGUACAGUUGGAGUGCCUUCAAGCCAAAAGAUGGGAGUUUCAAAGCCAUUAUCAGGUUGCACAGUGAGCGUAGUUGAUCGGGACCUGUUGAACCAAGCACAUCUAUAUGUCUUGGAGAAUACGGAGGAAGUCCUACCUUAUAUCGAGCAACAUAUGAUCCACAUCCAGACCGCUUAUCCAAAAUUUAGAAAGAGAACAAAGUGGCUGCAGGAUAAGCACAAUAGCACUUUCAUUCAAUGGCUACGCUUCAAGUUGCUAGUGGCCAAGGAUAAAAACCCAAUUCUCUCAAAUAUGGGUUUCUAUGGUGUCAUUCAAGAAAUUUGGGACCUUGACUACCAAAAGUUUACAAUCCCAGUCUUUAGGUGUGAUUGGAUUGAUAAUACUUCUGGUCUUGUAGUGGACGAACUUGGAUUUACCCUUGUAGAUUUGAGUAAAAUUGGACAUAGGAAUGACCAAUUUGUUUUGGCUUCUCAAGUCAAACAAGUAUUUUUUGUUGACGACCCGAUGCAUCGUGGUUGGUCGGUAGUGUUAUCAAUGCCUAAUAGAGAAUAUAAUGAUGUUAUUGGUGAUGAUGUCUUAGGUGAUGUGAGAAUUGAGUGUGAGCCAUUUACUAGGGGGAUGCCAAAUGUUGACACAUUUGAUGAAGUGGUGGUUGAGUUAGGGAGUCAAAAUAUUCGAGAUGGGUGUGAAGAUAUAUGGGUUGAAUGA